AUGGCUGAGGGAGUGGAGAGUAUCAAGCUGGAGGCGCUGUCGCUGAGCGAGGGAAUCCGGGAGUCGCCCGUGUGCAUACUGGUGCUGGGAAUGGCCGGCAGCGGUAAGACCACGUUCACACAGAAGCUCAUCCAGCACGCCCAGGAGAAGUUCAAUCCCUACGUGGUGAACCUGGAUCCGGCGUGCAGGGAAGUGCCGUACGCGGCGCACGUGGACAUACGGGACACGGUCAACUACCGGGAGGUGAUGAAGCAGUACCAACUGGGUCCGAACGGCGGCAUUGUGACCGCGCUCAAUAUGUUCACCACGAAAAUGGCGCAGUUUGCGGAGCUAGUGCGUCGCGCCGGCGAGCGCGGACACAAGUGGUGUGUGAUCGACACGCCCGGACAGAUCGAGGUAUUCACCUGGUCGGCUUCCGGGAGCAUCAUCACCGAGGGACUGGCCACCAUGUUUCCCACCAUUGUGAUCUAUGUAAUGGAUGUGGAGCGCAGUGCUUGCCCUACCACCUUCAUGUCCAACAUGCUGUACGCCUGCUCCAUCCUGUACAAGACCCGCUUGCCCUUCCUUGUGGCGCUGAACAAGAUCGACCUGAAGGACUGCGGAUUUGUGAUGGACUGGAUGACAGACUUCGAGGCCUUCCAGGAGGCCCAGGAGGAGGAGCACAGCUUCGUGAGCAACCUCACGCGCACCAUGUCGCUCACCCUGGACACCUUCUACGAGAAUCUAAGAACUUGCGGCGUCUCGGCCAAGACAGGCGUGGGUUUCGCCCAGCUAUUGGCAAAGAUUCUCGAAAGCGUGGACGAGUACGAGACGGACUUCAAGCCUGUUUACGAAAAGAAGCGCCAAGAGCGACUGGCGCAGAGUGAAACGGGUCCAAAGCCACUGGACCAUGUGGAAGAGGACGGCGUUGCCGUUCCCCUGGGAUUGUCGCUUCAGGACCCACCGAUGCUCACUGGAAACAGCAUUUUCUUAAUGGCACCUAGUCUGGUGCCCCAGUCGGUGGAGAACGAAGACGAGGAGGAGAUGGAGGAGGACGCGAAGGGCACCGCCGAAGACCAGAACUUCCACAGCUUCGUGCAGAACCACCUAACUGCCCAGCAGAGCAAGCGGGACAAGCUGCAGCAGGAACAGGGACAGGCUCAGCCGUAAAUGGGCGGAUUGUGAUCCUCGAUGGCGAGGAGGUCGUGAUUUCGAGUUUUCAUCUUUAUUAUUUACUUUAACAAGCAAAAACAUUCAAUAUAGUGUGUGUUCGUCACUUGCACCUCCGA